CUCUCUAUUCUUCGUCGUCGAACAAAAACGCGGAAACAAAAGAAAUAACCAGUUUGUCAAAACAAACAGCACCGAGUCGGCAUAAAGUGAGCGUAUUUGUAGCUGACAGCUGUCAAAGUUAACACCGUAGCUUCUCAUAACCCAUCUGAAAGAUUUGCCAUGGCUUUAAAAAGAAUACAGAAGGAGUUGAAUGACUUACAGAGGGAUCCUCCUGCUUCAUGUUCAGCUGGACCUGUAGGGGAGGACAUGUUUCACUGGCAAGCAACCAUCACGGGACCGAAUGACAGCCCAUAUCACGGAGGAGUGUUCUUCCUUUCUGUCCAUUUCCCCACUGACUACCCCUUUAAACCACCAAAGGUUGCCUUUACAACCAAAAUCUAUCACCCAAACAUAAACAGCAAUGGUAGCAUCUGCCUUGACAUCUUGAGGUCACAGUGGUCGCCUGCCCUUACUGUAUCAAAAGUUUUAUUAUCCAUAUGCUCUUUGCUAUGUGACCCAAAUCCAGAUGAUCCGCUUGUCCCAGACAUUGCACACAUAUACAAAUCAGACAGACAAAAAUACAACAAAGUUGCCAGAGAAUGGACUCAGAGGUAUGCAAUGUGAAUGAGAGUGAAGUUUCCGCAACAACGAUGCAUCCCUGAACACCUCAAAAUAUGACCGCACUGUUGCAACUCCUCAUCCGCACUGGUUCUAGUCAAGGUGGUUUUUUUUUACGCUUGAAGCACUUUCUCUACUCUGACUUGACAUGACUUGUUUUUACUGUUUAUUUUAUUUUUCCCUUAAAUUGGCAUUAUUAUUAUUAUUAUUUUUAUUAUUAUUAGCAGUGGUAAGAUGGCCUAAUUGUAUUUUUCUUUUAAGAGAUUUAUAUUGUACAAGACUACACUGAAUUUAUUUUGCAUUAUUUUGCAUUAAAAAUAUUAAUCAAAAA